AGUGCCUGAGUAAGAGAGUGGUAUGAAGCUACACUUAUAAUUGAUGCUGCUUCUACGUUCUCCUUUAAUAUAUAUAGCUCAAUCGUAAUCAUGUUUUGGUUUCUAUGUUUAACAACAUUAACAGCAAUGGCAUCUGUACCUAUUUACCGAAUAUUCGGUUCGUCAAUCCGUUAUCGUUCACGAUUAUUAUGUCAACAUUUUAGCUCAUCAUUCAAUCUGUUGAACCAAUCAUCGACGAAUCAAUUUUCAUCGUCGGAUAGCAAAGAAAAAUUUCGCAUCUAUACCCGAACAGGUGAUAGUGGAACAUCUGGACUUUUUAGCGGCGAACGUCGCCCAAAAGAUGAUGCUAUAUUCGAAGCAUUAGGUACGACAGAUGAACUUACCUCAUGUAUCGGUUUUGCUCGUGAAUUUAUCAAUGAUCCAGUAAUUCUCGAUGAACUUGAACAAAUUCAAUGCAUUCUACAGGAUCUACAGGCAACGGUUGCAACACCGAAAAGUUCAUCAAAUGAAUUUCAAAUACGUAAAACUAAAUGGAAUGUUAAUCACCUGAUUGAUUUGGAAAAAUGGUUAGAAGUUCAUACGGCUAAAUUGCCACCAUUACGCAAUUUUAUCUUACCAUCUGGUGGUAAAGCAGCAUCUUCAUUACAUUUAGCACGUGCUAUAUGUCGACGUGCAGAACGACGUUUAAUUCCUUUGUUGGAUGAAGGUCUUGAACUUCCAGUUGUACAAUAUCUAAAUCGUCUUAGCUCCUAUCUAUUCAUCGUGGCAAGAGUUUGUUGUCAACAAGAAGGCCACAAAGAAGUGGUUUAUUGGGAGCGACCAAAAUAUAAUAGUCAAGAUGAUGAUUAAUAUGUGAACUUCUAAUCCAAACUUGUUAAUUUUUGUUAAUCUAUUCAAAUGAUUAUUUUAAUACUCUGAAUAUCAAAUGUAAUCAGAUGAUCUUUGCUUCAUAUUUUUUCAAUUAAAAUAUAUUUUUCAAUAAAAAGAA